GGAGUUUGAAUCCAGCCAGCAGAAUGGGGAGGAGACCCCAGAGGACGUCCUGGAACGGCUGGCCCACAUGGAGAAGCUGGUGGCGCAACUGAAGACGCUGGUGCGGGAGAAGGAUGCCCAGCUCCAUCAGAAGGAGGCCGUGCUUCAGGAGGAGCGGCAGGCGGCCGAUGCGAAGCUGCUGAAGCUGAAGCUGCAGGCUAAAGUGAAGGUGGCCAACCUGAACAAGCGCAUCGAGGAGCUGACGGCCCAGGGAGGGGCAGCCCCUGCAGAAGGGCCGCCGGAAGGGCCCCCGCCUCCUGUCCAGGGUGAGGGGACGGCGGACGAGACGGGCGCACUCCGGAGGCAGCUUCAGGAGCAGGAAGAAGCGAUGAGGGAGCUCCGAGGGCAGCUGGAGGAAGCGAUGGGAAGACUCGGUGAUGCCCAGGACCAGAUCAGCUCCCUUCAGAGGGAAGUGCUGGAGAAAGAGACACUCUGCGAACAGCAGGCUCUCCAGCAUCAGGCAGAAAUCCACCAGGUGGAGGCCCGGUCGGCCCACGAAGCAGAAAUGCAGCAGACUCUCCUGGAGAAGUUGCAGAAUGCAGAGGCAGAGCUGGACGCCUCCAGAAGCACCACAGCCUCCACUCAGAAGGAAUCCGAAGUCCUGGUCCAGAGGCUGGAGCGGGAGGUGGCCGAGCAGAGGGCGGCCUUCCAGCGGAGCCAGGAGGAGGUCCAGGAGCUGAGCCGAGAGCUGUCCCAGGCCAGAGCGGCCCAGGCCGAGCGGGAGCAGGAGAGGCAGGCCCAGGAGGCCAGGCACGCCCUGGAGGUGGCCGAGAAGAACCAGGAGAUGGUGGAGCUUCAGAAGGCCGAGCAGGACCUCCACGCCAGCUACGAGGCGGUCCAAGAGGAGAACGCCCAGCUGCGGCAGAGGGCGGAUAUGCCGCCGGAGAGCCCGCCUGACGACGCUUCUCUCCCACAAGCUCACGUUGUGUUUUCUGCCCCAGGCGAGAGCCCUGAAGGACCCCCGGAGCUUCUCUCGUCUCACCCAGAACUGGAAACUGCUACAGCCCCGUCUCCUCCCCUGAGCCAGUCCAGCGCAGGCCAGACCCUGGAGGAUCCCCUGCCGGCCCAACCGGAGGGACAGCCCGAUCUCCUGGAAUCCUUUGCCGAGGAGAAGCAGCGGGAUCUGUCCGUCCUGCUCCUGGAACUACAGGAGGCCCAGGAAGAGAUUGCCUUCCUCAAGGGGCAGCUCCCCCUCUCCGGCAGCCCGGAGGCCGAAGCAGGACGUCCCCAGGGGAGCGAUGGCGAAAGGGAGGGAGAAGGGGCCGUGGCCAUCCAGAGCGACUCCAGCAGCAGCUCCUUGGUCACCGUAGACAUCCAGGACUCUCCUUCUGCUCUGGGGCUGCUCUUGGGACCGGAGGAGAAUGAAACCGCCCAGGGACCAUCUCCAGACUCCCUGCUGCAGUCGCAGAAGAUAGAAAAAUUGGAGCUGGAAGUCGCUGAACUGCAAAAAAGGCAGCGGGAAGCCGUGGAGACCCACCAGAGGAUCUUGGAGGAGAAAAGGGCUGAGAUCAUCCAUCUUGAAGAACAGCUGGAGGGCUCCGCCAGCACCACGCAGAGCCUGGACGCAGAACGGGACCAGCUCCUGUCGCGGCUGAAGGAACUCUGCUUCCUCGCAGAGCUGAAAGCCGAGCCGGAAGGCAGCCCUGCUCACCCGGAGCUGCAGCUUCCCAGCUACGAAAGUGGAAUCUCCCACCUGGGCUUGUUGAAGGAGCAGAUCCAGAGCCUGAGGAACGAGGCCAAGUCGAAGGACGUGAAAAUUGUCGCCCUGCAGAACGACCUGGACGAAGCCCAGCGGCAACUCUCGGAGCAAGAGGCGGCCGGGAGGGACCUCCUCAGCCAGCUCCAGAAGGAGCAGCUGAACGGCCAAGCCCUUCUUGAACAGGCACGGGAGGCUUCCGCGAAGGCCGAGGAGCGGUCCCAGGCUUUGGCCUCCAAGGACCUGGAAGCCACCAAGCUGGCGGCGCUCCUCUCGGAAAACUCCCUGGAGGUGGAGAGGCUCCAGCUGGAGGUGUUGGAGCGGGAGCAGAGAAUGGCCGAAGUCAGCGUCAGCAUGUCCGACCGGAUGGUGCAGCUCAACGAGGAGAAGUUCGUGCUGGGGAAAGAGCUGCAGAGCGCCAUGGAGCAGCUGAGCGUCCUGCAGCAAGGGAAGGAGACCAGGGAGCAGGCGGUGGAGACGGAGGAGAGCCGGCCGCUGGCGGAGGAGGAGGAGCUGCCCGCCGAUGACGCGGUGGAAGUCCUAAGGAAAGAGAAUGAACUCGUGAGGAAGAAGCUACAGGCGGCUCUUCUCAGCAGGAAGCAGCUCCUCGGCAGGGUUCGCCAGCUGGAGCAAGGAGGAAGAGAAGGGGGAGAGCUUCCGGCCGAGAGCCAGGAGGGGGUGGCUCAGGAGAACGAAGGAGGUGGACCCCCUCCCCCUCCCCCUGUGAGCCGCAGCGGCCAAGGGCAUCCCGUAAGGCGGGGCAGGGCUGCCUCCCUGGACCAGCUGCCCUCGGCAAAGGAAGCCACGUCGCAGGUCGUCCCUGGGGAGGAGGAAUGCACGUGGCCACGGACUGUGAUUGCAGAGCUGCAGCAGAGCCUACAGCAGAAGGACCUUCAGAUCGAUGCCCUGCAGGCUGAGCUCCGAGACUGCAAGCCGGCCCCGGCGGAUCAGAAUCGGGAGGGGUCCAGUUCAGGAGAUUCCGGGGCAGGCGGAGCAAGCAGCAAAGCCGACCUUGGCCCGGAAGGAGGACAUGAGGCCAUCCAGGAAGAGCUCUUGGCGCUGGCCCAGGAGAGGGAAGAGCUCCAGAAGAAGCUGCAGGAAGCUUUGGUCUCGCGGAAAGAGACCAUCAAGAAAGCCAAGGAGAAGGACCGCCAUCAUCGGGAGCUGCUAAAGCAGCAGAAGGAUGACUACAGGUUGCUGCAAGAGCGGUUUGAGCAGGAAAGCAGGGAGAAGGAGAACCUGCAGGAUCAGCUCCAGGCGCUGUCCAAGGCCCUGGAGACUUUGCCUCCUCAGGAACCUGCUGGAGAUGCUUCUUCUGAAGGCCCGGCAUCAGGGCUUGUGCAGGAGUUUGGCCAGGAGGCUGCUGAAGAACAGCCUUCCUUGCCGACCGAAGACUCUGUUGUGGGCCAGCUGAAGGCCGACUUUGAGAAGCUCCAGGCUGAGAAGAGAGACGUGGAAGCCCACCUCCUGCGUCUGGAGGAAGAACUUGACGGGAAGUCCGAGAAGGCUCUGCUCCUCCAGGAACAGGUCGAGCAUCUCCUUGCCGAAGCGGAGAUGGCCAAAGCCGCCUGCCGUCAGGCGGAAGCCAACGUGGAAAGCCUGAAGUUGGAGCUGCAGGUGAGCCGGGAAGAAAUGGCCAGGCAGGAGACGCUGAGAUGCCACCAAGAGGAGAAAGAGCUCAGCAACGGAGAAGAAAUCCGAGGCCUUCGCUCCCAGCUGGCAGAUCAAAAUGAGUCCCUGUGUGGCCUCCAAGCCGAGUUGCAAGAGAAGGAGAACAGGAUCCAAGCUUUGCAGAGAGAGCUGGACCAAGCUCAGCAGCUGCAGGCCGAGCUUCAGGCAAAAUCGGCAGAGGCCCAAUCCAAGGCCCAGCUCCAGAGGAAGCUGCAGGCAGCCCUCAUCUCCAGGAAGGAAGCCCUGAAAGAGAGCAAGGGGCUGAAGGACGAGUUGUCCAGCGUCAAGGCCGCUCUGGAAAGCACCGCUCUCCAUCUUCACGAGGUAGAACAUCGGGCAGCUGAGCUGGACAAGGAGAAAGGGGCCCUGUUGGAGAGACUGGCGACCCUCCAGGAGGAGCGGGACAAACUCAUCUCCGCGGUGGACAACGCCUUGGUGGAAAACCAGAACGUGACCGGUUCCUGUGAGAGUCUGAAGUUGGCCCUGGAAGGGGUGACUCAGGAGAAGACGAGGCUGGAGGAGGAAAUGGACUCGCUGAAGGAAAGGCAGGCCCAGGGGCUCUCCGAGUGGCGGAGGAAGCACGAGGAGCUGCAGAAGGAGUACGAGACGCUCCUGCAGUCGUACGAGAACGUCAGCGGUGAGGCCGAGCGGAUCCAGCGGGUGAUGGAGAGCGUCCGGCAGGAGAAGCAGGACCUCUUCCUCAGGCUCAAAGAGGUGGAAGCCGAGAAGAAGGACGGGGAAGAUCGGCUGCAGGGAGCCGAGCAGGAGAUGGAAGGCAUGAGGGAGAAGAUGAGGAAGUUUGCCAAGUCCAAGCAGCAGAAGAUCUUGGAACUGGAGGAAGAGAACGAGCAGCUGAGGUUGGAAAUCCAUCCCGGGGACGGUAGACACGGGGGGAACAAUUCCGCUCUUCAAGAAGAGCUCGAGGCCUCCAAGAGGAAUUGCCAGGCUCUUUCCGAUGAGGUGAAAGCGCUGGUGGCCGAAAAGGACCUCUUGAAGCAGGAAAUCCAAGACUUGAGGCAGACAUUGCAAAACAAGGAAGGUGAGAGUGGCGCCCGAGAGGAGAUGGUGGCCAGAAGCAAGGGAGUCCGUUCCACCAGGAUGUCCUCUUCGGAGGCGGUGGCUGAGGAAGAAGGAGACCCAGACACGGGUUCUGAAGCUCUCGCCACCGUCGCUCCGAGACUUGAGGACCAGAAGGAGGAGCUUAGCGCAGCUGGCCCCUUGUGUGAGGAAAGCGUUGGGGAUAGUCAACAAGUGGCAGAUCUCCAGGAACAAAUGGCGGCACUAGAAGAUAAGAGGAAGGUAGCGGUAGAGGAGAUGAACAAGGCCCAUGGGGAUUUGGAGGUCCUGAAGGAAGAGAAGAACCGCUUGGAAGGCUUACUGGCUGUGAAAGGCCAGGAACUGGACGAUCUCCAAGAAAAGGCCACCAAGAUGGAGGAAGCUUGUGGGCAAACCAAGGAGCAGCUGGCUGAGGCGUUGAGGUUGAGAGAAGCUUUGGAAGCCGAGAAGGAUGACCUGGAAGAGAGGCUGAUGAACCAGCUGGCCGAGUUGAACGGGAGCAUCGGGAACUACCAGCAGGACAUGGCCAACCUGGAGAGCAAGAACCAGCAGCUCCUCGGGGAGAUGGAAGGUCUUCAGGGGGCCCUGAGCCGCUUGGAGGACGAGAAGCGGCAUCUGCUGAGGGAGAAGCUCGUGGUGGAAGCCGAGAGGAAGGAGAAGGUGGAGAAAGUCAAGAGCGCCUGGAAGGAAGACAACGGCCGGACUCAGGCGAGAGAGCUUCAGGAGUUGCUGAAAGAGAAGCAGCAGGAAGUCAGGCAGCUGCAGAAAGAUUGCAUCAAAAGCCAGGAGAAGAUCAGUGGCCUGGAGAGAACUGUCAAGGCCCUGGAGUUCGUCCAGACUGAGUCCAAAAGAGAGCUGGAGACCACCAGGAAGAGCGUGGCGGAGGCAGAGGAGAAGACCAAGAAGGUCCAAGCCGAGUUGUCUUCCUGCAGGGUCCUGUUGGACGACACUCAGAGCGAAGCUGCCCGAGUCGUGGCCGAGAGCCAGAAAGUGAAAGAGGAGCUUCAGGCCACCCAGGCUCAGGUCAGAGGUCAGCUGAGCCAGAAAGACAAGGAGCUCUCGAGACACCUGGAGCAAGAGAAGGCCAAGCACCUGAAGGAGGUCAGGAACAUGGAGGAGCGCUUGGAGGCCCUGCGGAGGAAGCAGGAGUCCGCGGAGGAGUCUGCGCGAGACCUCCAGGCGUCCCUGCGCCAGAAGGACCAGGAAGCCAAACAGCUCCAGGGCAACCUCGACCGCACCUUAGCCCAGCUGGCGGCCUUCACCCGAAGCAUGUCCUCCCUGCAGGACGACAGGGACCGGGUGAUAGACGAGUCCAGGCAGUGGGAGAAGAAGUUCAGCGAGGCCAUCGAGAAGAAGGAGCAGGAGCUCUCUGCCCGAGAAGAGGCCUGCGCCACCUUGCAAGAGCAGGCCAAGAAGAUGGCGCUCCAGGUGGAAGAUCUCCAGGGCCUCGUGGCCAGCUUGGAACGCAGCCAGUUGGCCCAGGAGUCUCAUGCCCAGAAGGAGCUCCAGCAUCAUCGAGAAGAAGUCGGGUCGCUCCAGGAGGAGAAGCGCAGGCUUGGACUUCAGCUGGAAGAGGUCCAGCGGUUCCUGAGCGACUCCCAGAGGCAGGUUCUCCACCAAGAGGGAGAACUUGGGUCCCUGAGAAAGCAGCUGGCCGAUCUGCAGGCCUCCUUCGAAGACUGCAACCGAGCUCGUCUCGAGGGCUCGGAGACGAUGAAGAACCAGGAGGCCAGUCUUCAGGACUGCAGGUUGAGUCUGGAGCAGCUGGCGGCCGAUCUGCGGGCUUCCAAGGAGCUGACGGAGAGACUCCACAACGAGAUCAGCCACAAGGAGCAGAAGAUUGUCCGUCUUGUGGCCGCCAAGGAAGAGGCUGUAGCUGAAGCCUUGUUAGAAAGCCAAGAGCAGCACAAGGAAGACCUGAAGGAGCUGGAGAACCAGCUGGCCAAGGCCGAAGUGGAGAAGGUGGCCUUGGAGGCUGAGAAUGCAAAAGCUCAGGAGAAAGUGAACGGCCUCACGGAGAAGUUGAAGAACAUCUCCGAAGAGAGCAAGCAGCACAAAGCUCACCUAGAUGCCUUCACCAAGUGCAUGUCUUCCCUGCAAGAUGACCGGGACAGAAUCCUGGAAGACUAUCGGCAGCUGGAACAACGUCACCUGGCCGCCAUUUUAGAGAAGGAUCAACUCAUCCAAGAAGCGGCCUCGGAAAACAACUCCUUGAAGGAGCAACUUCGGAGCCUCCACGGACAAAUGGACGAUCUGCACGCGGAGAACGCCAAGUUGGAUGCCGAGCUGGUCCGCUAUCGCCAAGACCUCAACCAAGUCAUCUCCAUCAAGGACACUCAGCAGAAGCAGCUCCUGAAGACCCAGAUGGACCGGAUCCAGGCCCUGGAGAAGGAGAAGGCAGUUGUGGAAGGCCAGCUGCGAGAGUCCGAGCUUAGCUUGGCCAACCUAGAGAGAACCGCGGAGGCCCUGCAGCUGGAGAAGCAGGACCUGGGCCAGGAGGUCAAGGCUCUCAAGUCCUCCCUCUCCCAGUUGCAGGACGAGAUGCUGGUCCUGCGGGAAGGGGGUCCCGCGCCGGAGCUGCAGUUGCAGCUGCAAGAGAAAUCGGAUGAAGUCCAGAGUUUGGGUGGGCAGCUGUCGCGCGCCAAUCAGCAGGUGGCGGGCCUGGAAGAGGAGCUGGCUGGCCUUCACCAGAAGUUGCAGGAGGCGGAAGCCGAGAUGAAGAGAGAGCUCAAGAGCUUCCGCCACGACACCGGGCUCCUGCGGAACGAGACCGAGACCGCCGAGGAACGGGUGGCAGAGCUGGCCAAGGACCUCCUGCAGAUGGAGCAGAACCUCCUGGCGGUCACAGAGGAGAACCAGGACCUGAAGGCCCAGAUCCAGUCCUUCAAGAAGGCCAUGAGUUCUCUCCAAGACAGCUGGGACCAGUCUCAUGAAGAACGGCGCACCCUGGAGAAGAAAUACGCAGCAGACCUGGAAGAGCAGAGGCAGCUGGUUCAGGGCCUCCGCCAGGAGAAGCUCCACGCUCAGGAGGCGCAAGCAGCCCUGGAGAAGCAGAAGGACGGCCUGACCUCCGAGCUCGCCGCUCUCCGAGGCGCAGCGGAAGAGAAGGGCUUCUCGGAGAAGCUGGAGAAGCUCCAGCAGCAGCUCCAAUCCAAAGACUCGCAGCUCGCCGGCCUCUCGUCGGAGCUGGAGAGGGCCUCUAGCCAAGUGAAGGGCUUCUCCCAGGCCUUGGCCAGCCUGCAGGCCGAGCGAGACCGCCUGAUGAGCCAGCUGGACAAAACCCGCAAGACGGAGGAGGUGAAGCUCCAGUCGGCCGCCGGCGUCUCUUCCAGUCUGGCUGAAACAUCGAGCCUCAAGAAGGCCCUCUCCUCCCUUCAGAACGACCGAGACCGGUUGCUGGUGGAGCUGAAGAACCUGCAGCAGCAGUACCUCCAGGUGGGGGUGGACACGGCCGAGAUCGCCCGCCUGAAGGCCCAGCUCCAGCAGAAGAAGCAAGAGAUGGAGCAGCAGCAGGAGAUCUUCCAGGAGAAGCUGAAGCAGGAGAGGGCCUCCUGGGAGCUGGAGCUCCAGCAACUCAAGGAAGAAAAGGCCGUCUGGGAACGGGGCAGGCAGCAGAGAGACCCCAGCACCCAGGGGGCAGAGAAGCAGCCCCAGAGGGAGGGGUCUUCGGGGACGACCGGCUCCGGCAGAGACACAUCUGGCCAGAUGGCAUCCAUGGAGGACCUCCAGGUCCAGCUUGGGAGCAGCUUGAAGCACCUGCAUCAGAAGGAGCUACGUAUCCAGCAGCUGAACAGCAAGCUCUCGCAGGUCUUCGAAGAGAAGAACGCGCUCACCCUCCAACUCCGUGGCAGCAGCCGCAGCCUCCGCGAGAGCCAGCAGCAGCACAGCGAGGCUCUGUCCCGUGUCGCGGCUCUUGAAAAACAGCUGCGGGAAUGGCAGAGUCCGGCGAAGACCGUGGGACCCCUCCUGACUGAUGCUGCCCCGGGAGCCCCCCAGGAAAAAGACGAGACCAACGCACGGGAGCUGCAGGACCUCCAGGCACAGCUCCUGGAGGCCAAGCACCAGCAAAGCCUCGCCAGGCAGGGAUUGAACCAGCUUCAGCAGCUGCUGCAGGAAGAGCAGGAGAGGCGCCUGGCCGCCGAGGAGGCUUGCUCCGCAGCCCAGGAGCAGAUGCGCAGGUUGGAAUCGGAGGAGUAUGCGCAGUCUCUGGAGACCAGCAUUGCCAUGCCUGCCAGCCCUGAACACGCCCGGCUGCUAGGCUCUGCGGAGGGCUCCUUCAGCAAG